UUAAUAGUUGUUAUUUAUUCAAUUUAUUCUCCUCCUACGGAUGACAUUACCCCAGUUAUUGCCUUUUUAGAAGAGAAUCUUCGCAUUAUUGGUAAUAAACACCAAAUCAUCAGUGGGGACUUUAAUGCCCAUUCAAUAGCAUGGGGUUAUACAACAACUGAUCCUAAAGGUCGCCUAUUGGAGGAUUUUAUAUCUUCAAAAAAUUAUGUGCUUUUUAACUCACCAGACUCUGCGCCUACCUUUGAUAGAACAUAUGCUAUUGGAUGGCCUGACUUAACUUUUACUAAAGCAAAUACUGCACAUUUGGUUCAUAACUGGACUAUUCAUGAUGAAAUAAGUUUAUCGGACCAUAAAUUCAUUACGUUUGAAAUAACCAACAAUGGCUCAGUUCCUAUUCUCAUUAGAUAUAAUCUCCCAGGUCGUAAAUAUCGUCAAUUUACGAGAAAAAUUAGAGGAAAAUUGAACCAACUGAGAAGACAACUAUCUUUGCAAACAACUCCAGCUGCCUUGGAACAAUUUACGGACGGACUUGGUUUUAACUACAAUCCAAGAUAUUUGUCAAGAUCUUCUUCCAAGGAAAACAAAUAA